AUGCUGGGCAGACGCCCCCUCAGCCCCAGCUUCCAUGCCGCGCCCCGGUGGGAACCGCAGCCCGGGGGGCCCGGCCCCGCCAAGCGCCGCCGAAUCCAGGAGCCCGCGGGCCCCGAACACGGAAUGGCGCCCGGCCUGCAGGGCCCGGCCGAGCCCAGGGCCGCCGCUGCGCUCACCUCCGUGGUGGUGCUGGCCGCGGGCUGCGCCUUGCAGCUGCCUCUGGACAGCGGCUUCGACCUGAGGCUGGAGCCCGCGCCCACGUCGGUGCUGCGAGUGCGUCUGGGCGGGCACACCCUCGUGCUGGUGCCCGAGGCGCUCUGGGGCGCGGGCGCGGGGGCGCGCUCGCCGGGCGGCCUGGAGCCCGGCGCUCUCCUGGACGCUCCCGGGGGAGGCGUCGCCGUCCAGCAGGAAUUCUUCUGCGCAUUUGUCCCAGAGGUCGUCGCCGUUCCAGAGUUCGCCUUCCCAGAGGUCGCCGCCGCUCCAGAGAUCGCUGUCUCAGAGAUCGCCUUCCCGGAGAUGGCCUUCCCAGAGGUCUCCGUCCCAGAGAUGGCCUUCCCAGAGGUCUCCAUCCCAGAGGUCGCCGCCGCUCCAGAGAUCGCCUUCCCGGAGAUAGCCUUCCCAGAGGUCGCCCUCCCAGAGGUCUCCGUCCCGGAGAUGGCCUUCCCUGAGGUCUCCGUCCCAGAGGUCGCCGCCGCUCCAGAGAUCGCUGUCCCAGAGUUCGCCGUCCCAGAGAUUGCCAUCCCAGAAGAGGCCUACGACGAGGAUGAAGCCCCCGGGUUCCUGACUCCUUGGAUGGUCCAUGCAGUGGGAUUAGGGACCCACUCUCAGGGCCCCAUCAGAGAGCCAUGGCCCCGGGCCCCCACGCCUAGCCCAGAGAGACGCGCGCCUGGUCCCUACUACAGCCCGGACUUCCACCUUUGGGAGCCCUUCCCCAGCUCCCCGCUCCAACCCCUACCUCCUUCUCCCAGUCCAGGUCCUCAGGUGCGCCCCCGGCGCCCUCUGGGGCCUCCUCCCAAGGCCCGCAGAAGGCUGUUCUAG